AUGAUGUCUGGAAGCGUUAAGGUGUACGUGGCGUGCACUUCGGUGCUAUAUCUCAAGUUUUUGACGGCUACGAUGAUUCAGGGCGCGAAAAAGUUUCCCACCGGUGGACGUCCUCCUGAAGACUCGAAAUUCUCGUCAGCCAAACGCAAACAAACUUUUGGCUUUGAUACGACCAAAGAUGUCAAAGCACUCGAGUCUGCCAAGCGCUGGGGGAGUAUUGUUAUGAAUGAUCUUGAAUCCAUUCCCUUUGGCCUUUUAAUCUUUGGUGCGGGUAUCAUGGCUGGAGCAGAUGCGAACGUUCACUACCAUGCGAUGAUAGCUUUUACAACGGCGCGGUGUCUGCAUACGUAUGCUUACGCGAAUGGGAAGCAACCCCUACGUUCAUUGUGUCAUGGCGUGGGGGUGACGGCUACGUUGGUUGGUCUUGGCAAUGCUGUUAGCACACUUCUCUAA